GAACAGCCGUGUGCAGACGCAACGCAGUUCAGCGAAGUGAAGAGAUGCUAGUGACCCAUACAAGGGUACCCAUGCAAAGUUGAGCUGCAAAUUUAGGUAGAUUAAAGUCUCCAGUCGACUUAAACUUAAAGAAAAAUGUAUUCACCCGUGUGUCAACUAAGUUUAGGGCUCUAAUUUUCGGAUACACUAUUUUGUGCAAACUUGCAAUAGCUUUAACGACCUCGCGAGCGAGAUUCCAGAACAGAGCAGAAGCUAGCCAACGUUUUAGCCGUCAAGCUAAAUCCACAAGCCAGGAGCGAGUCAGGUAGAUAGUUUCUGGAUUCAGUGCAUGAAGCCGGGGAACCUUUUACGGGACUGGCCGAAGACUUGUCUUUAUGGUUAAUAGUUCCCCGGCUGUACACCACCCCUCGACACAAAGCUCAAGUAGCUGGUUAGCUAUAGGUAAUCCAUCUAGUUGAACAGCUAGCUAGCAACACCGCACAGCCUGCCUUCCGCCGACGUGCACUUCCCCCACUCACCCUCCAGCCGGCUAGCCGCAGCGUUAGUCCGGUACAUAAAAUGAGGCGACCAUCAGCAUUUUGGGACGCUGUGUGGCUGUUUGGAUUUUGCUGAUGCAUGAGGAGACGAUAUUGUUUUUAUGAGAUCUCUGUCAAGGAGGUCAAAAUCAGUACAGGGGAUGGACGAGCAGAAAUCAAACUGCGAGGAGAAUGACUCUGAACCAACAGCUGAUGACAAUGCCACUGCAAAGCAACUUGUCUCCUCUGAGGAGGAGUCCAAGGCCGUUCCUGCUGCAGAGGACGAGUCUGUUGCUAAUGCAGCCUCUUCCUGCACACCUGUAGAGAGCGUUCGUGCCUGUGCGCUUUGUAACUGUGUGGAGCGGAGCCUGCAUGGACAGCGGGAACUGAGACACUUUGGGCCAUCUUCUGAGCAGUCAUCCCUCAAGCCAUCAGCUUCCCCACUGCCACAGCCCGGAAAUGAUGACCUGUCUUCCAUUGGAUUUUCGGACUCCUCUUGUCUGACGGCACUCCUUGAUGACUCAGGAGGUUGUUGGGUUCAUCACUGGUGUGCGGUGUGGUCGGAGGGAGUGAAGCGGACGGAUGAUGAGGAGCUGGAGAACGUGGAUAAGGCCGUUAUCUCAGGGACACAGCGGCUUUGCGAAUACUGCAAAAGGCUGGGUGCAACCAUUCAAUGCCAUGCUGAGGGCUGCUCACGGUUCUACCACUUCCCCUGCUCGGCAGCCAGUGGAUCAUUCCAGUCCAUGAAGCAGUUGGUCCUCCUCUGUCCAGAGCACAUAGACAAGGCAGAGGAGCUGGCUGGUGAAGAGGCUUGGUGUUCAGUUUGUGACUCACCGGGGGAGCUCUCAGAUUUGCUAUUCUGUACGGGUUGUGGCCUACAUUAUCAUGCGGCCUGUCUGGAGAUUGGUGCCACACCCAUCCAGCGAGCAGGGUGGCAGUGCCCAGAGUGUAAAGUGUGCCAGACUUGCAGACAACCAGGGGAAGACUCCAAAAUGUUGGUCUGUGAUGCCUGUGAUAAAGGUUACCACACCUUCUGUCUUCAGCCAGCCAUGGAUUCUCUUCCCUCUGACCCGUGGAAAUGCAGAAGGUGUCGCGUAUGUAUGGAGUGUGGUGUCCGAGGACUAGUGCUGCCAGGUUCGGCCCAGUGGUUUGAUAACUACGCCGUGUGUGAGGGAUGCCAGCAUCAGCGCAGCUCUGUUUGUUGCGUAUGCAGCAAAGCUGCCAACCCAUCUGUUGCUCUGCAGUGCUGCAGCAUGUGCCACAGGUGGGUGCAUAGUGAGUGUGCUUUACUGGGUGAGCUUCCAGAAGCCAAGUGCAUUUGCCUGCUUUGCAAGGAGGAUCAGCAGCAGCCUGUUGCACAACCAAACACUGCAGAGACACAGACGAGGGAGGUGUCUGAGAAUACUGAAGGACAAGUGAAACUGAUGGAGACGACAAUCCAAAUGGAUGCAGACACGGUGGCAGAAGAGCAGACAGAUUUAUCAGAAGGCACACCAGGACAGAAGGAGAUUGGUCGGGCUGAAGAUACAACUGAAAAAGAGACACAGAUGGACUUGGGGGUGGAGUCUGCAGCUGUUGACACAGCAGACGUUGGAGAGAAAACCACGGAAGGCGAGCCACCGGUAGCAACAGAAGGACUCAGUUCUGAGGCAUCAGCUGCUCCACUUGAGUCUUCAGAACAGGGGGCCUCUUGUCUACCUGCUGAUGAAGAGAGAGCAGAAGAGGCACUCAGCCAGAUGACCCAGGCCACCCCUUCCCAGGAGCCCACAGCAGAGACACAGUCGGACAACAACCUUAAAGCAGAAUCACCACCAGUGUCACAGCAGGGUCCUGAAAAUAUGGAGGUGAAGAAGGAAGAGGAGGAGGAGGAGGAGAAGCAAGAGGCCACUCCCUCAGUUGAACAUAAACUAUCACAAGAGUUAUUAAAGAGUGGAUCUGAUGACAUGGAUGUUUCAGAACAAUUCAGUAAUGAUCCACAAAAGUUACCAGCUUCUCUAAACUCUGUGAACAAAACUGAGCCUUUGUCCAUGGAUGAUAAGCAGGAAAGAAGUCCAUGCCAGGAGCCCCAGUCUCCUACUCGUUCUUUAUCAGCAGACACACAAGAGGCCCUCUCUGCUGUGGACAUGGAUGGGAGGUUACUACCUCACUCUGAGGAGGAGGACGAGGAAGAGGAUGAUGAGCAAAUGAAAGGAGAUGAACAUAAUGAGGACAUAAAGCAGGAACUACAAGAAGUUAAGCCAGAAUUGCUGCUGGAUGAAAUGUCCAAUAUGAGCCAUGGAGAUGAGAGCAGCAGUGGCUUUCUGGGCUCUCCAGGAGAACCUGAUCCUCAGCUCUCCAUGGAGCUCGGCCUCGUACCUGCUGGCCAUUCACAUACAGAUAACCUGCUCACUGAGACUGAUGAUUCACUUCCCUUCGAACCCCUCAGAAGUGACAGAGAGAAGGCAAAACGUAGAGGAUCUCCAGGCCGCUCACGGGUCAAACAGGGGCGAAGCAGUAGUUUCCCUGGGAAGCGCAGACCACGAGGGGGUGGUGCAGGCAGAGGGCGUGGUGGGAGGUCACGCCUCAAAGCCAUGGCCUCCUGCAUCGAUGCCUUCUUGCUAAGCAUGACCUUAGACACUGGAAUUAGUAAGGAGGAAGAUGAGGAGGAAGAUGACACCAUGCAGAACACAGUGGUUCUUUUCUCAAACACUGAUAAAUUUGUCCUGCUGCAGGAUAUGUGUGUUGUGUGUGGCAGUUUUGGAAAGGGUGCGGAGGGACAGUUGCUGGCUUGUGCUCAGUGUGCCCAGUGUUAUCAUCCUUAUUGUGUGAACAGCAAAAUCACCAAGACGAUGCUCCGUAAGGGCUGGCGCUGUUUGGAAUGUAUUGUGUGCGAGGUGUGUGGAAAAGCUUCAGACCCUUCCCGUCUGCUGCUGUGUGACGACUGCGAUGUCAGCUAUCACACCUACUGCUUGGACCCACCCUUGCACACUGUACCCAAGGGUGGUUGGAAGUGCAAAUGGUGUGUGUGCUGUGUACAGUGUGGCUCGAACUCACCAGGUUUCCACUGUGAGUGGCAGAACAACUACACACACUGUGGCCCCUGUGCCAGCCUAGUCACCUGUCCGGUAUGCCGGGAGAACUUCAUGGAGGAGGAGCUUCUACUGCAGUGCCAGUACUGCGAUCGAUGGGUCCAUGCUGUCUGUGAGAGUCUGUACACAGAGGAUGAGGUGGAACAAGCCUCUGAUGAGGGCUUUGCAUGCACGUCCUGUACCCCAUACGUGCCCAAACCUGUGGUAGUAGAGUCAGCCAUUAUGGCUUCAAUAAAGAUCAAAGAGCCAGAACCGCAGUUCUACCGGUUGGAGGGAGUGUGGCUGACAGAGUCGGGUAUGUCCCUGCUCCGCAGCAUCUCCAUGUCUCCUCUGCACAAGAGACGGCAGCGGCGCUCCCGUCUUGGCACUCUGUGCUGUGACGGAGGUCCCGACGGAAUGGAUCUGAGGGAGGUUGAUGGAGAAGGAGAGGAGGGUAAAGGCUGUGGGGAACCCAUGGAAUGUGAACCCAAGAUGGAGCAACCUGGGAGCCCUGACAGAGAAGGUGGUGCUGAGAGGGAUGGAGGUGCAGAUGGAGGCCCUGAAGGCAUGGCUGAUUGUGAUGGACUGAAAGGAGGAGCAGAGGAGACAGAUGACAGCAAAAAAAGGAAGCGAAAACCGUACAGACCUGGAAUUGGAGGCUUCAUGGUGCGACAAAGGAAGUGUCACACACGGAUGAAGAAAGAAUUUUUUGCCCAGCUGGCUGGAGAGACUACGUUGGAUGGACAGCCAAUAGAACGAACUAUUGAGGAUGGACCCCACCCUGACACGGAUAACAUAAUGGAUCCCAAACCAGUAGAGGGUGAGGAACAGGCCAAGAAACGUCGUGGUCGGAAGAAGAGCAAGCUUGAGGACAUGUUUCCAACUUAUCUACAGGAGGCUUUCUUUGGGAAGACACUAAUAGACUUGAGCAAGAAAGCUGUGAUGGUAGCUCCAGGGCAGAGGCCAGGUGCAUGCCUUGUCCGACCUUCAUUAGCAGCACCGACAGGGGUCAAAACUGCUACCCCAGAAACUGAGGCCAAGGAUCGGAUGGUGGAAGGUAAUUUUCCUCUCAAGCAAGAGGGGGGUGAGGCCCCCCAGGCUCAGGGAGACGGUGCAGGAAUUCCUACACCAUCCUCUUCACUGAAGGACCAGGUGUCAACUGACCCUCAUGACUCUGAUGCAGAAAAAAGUGAAGGUCUUCCACAAGGAGUGGAGAGUCAGGACUCUGAGCAGUUCUUCAGGAAGGUUCUGGGAGUGUCAGACGGCUCCUCUUUAGGAGGCAUGAAGCCCAUCUUGGAGGGCAGUAAGGGAGAACUCAAUCGUAGCACUCUGCCACAGAGAGCUCUCCUCUCAGGGUCCCUGCCCUCAGCUGGAAUGAUGGAUGCCUUUCCUGGCCUCUCUCAGUCACCAUUCUUUGACAUGCGGGACCGAGGAGGGCUCUUCAGUCCUGAUGGGGGUGAGGAGAGCCCCUGGGCUACUCCCUCUACCCCAGCAACCCCUUCCUCUCCACCAACCCCCACAGAGGCUGAGGGCGAUGGGCUGUCUUACAACCAGCGCAGUCUUCAGCGCUGGGAGAAAGAUGAGGAGCUUGGAGAGCUGUCAACCAUUUCUCCUGUUCUUUAUGCCAAUACCAACUUCCCUACUCUCAAACAGGACUACCCAGACUGGGCUAGUCGCUGUAAGCAGAUCAUGAAGAUCUGGAGAAAGGUGUCAGCUGCUGACAAGGUUCCAUAUCUGCAAAAGGCCAAAGAUAACCGAGCAGCACAGAGGAUCAACAAGGCGCAGAAGCAGGCAGAGAGUCAGGUGUGCCGGCCGAUCAAGACAGAGCCGGGGCGUGUGAAGGGAGAACGGCCGAGUUUACACCUCCAGAUCCCUCCACCUUCAGGCUCUACAUCAGUCUCUUCCCAGCCCAGCUCUGCAGAAAGCCCAUUUCCAUUUCCUCCAGAUUCAGGAUCAUCCUCUGUCUUUUUCUCAGAUGGGCCUGUUAAGACCCCGUUGUCAGCUGAUAUCCGGACAGAUCCCUUGGCCAAGCUUCCUCCUCAGUCGCCCCAUUCUCACUCACACCCAACCACACCCUUCUCUCAUGCUGGGGCCAGCCCUUUACAGGCCUCUUCCUCAGGUUAUUCCGCUUCCGGCCCACAGGGUCCUCCUCAGGGACGGCCAGCCAGUCUUGGCCCUUUUGACAUGCAACCAGGAACUCCUGGAACCCCCAGACGGGCUCAGCAGGUUGACCCCUACUUCAGAUCACAGCUGCAGCAGCAACAGGGUCAUCUACCACAGUCACAGCAAGGCUCUCAGGAGUCCCUAGGACCUCCAGAAAGUCCUCAUUCAAGAGGUCCUGGGCUUGGGGAGUCACCCAUCUUCUCACCACCCCACAAUACCCACUAUGGAGACCCUUUCAGAACCCAGCAAGGGAUGGGACGGCCAGAAUAUGGUUCAUCCCCGUCACCCUCUGCAGUGGCUUCCUCACCUGCAAGCACAGGGCAGUACAGGGCUGAUAUGAGUGCACCUUCUCCACGCUCAUCUGCAGUUGGAAGACACGAGCUGUCUACUGGCUCCCCUGCUGGGAUGCUGGAGUCUGGGGAUGGUUUAUUCAAGGCACCGAUGACCCCUCGAAUGCACCAAGGGGAGAGUGGGGCACUUCAUCCUGGAGCCUCCCCGAGUCAUCCUUCUGAAGGAUACAGGCAGUCUCCCUCCCACACUUUCUCUGACCCCCAUGCUCAUGCACCGCUAACUCCCAGGCCGCAGUCAGGUGACAAUUGUUCUCUUGGACCUCAGAGACACUCUCAACAGGAACAAUGUCCUCGAGUGCCCUCCAGCCCACAGUCCCAGGGCAGCUCUCAGUCUCCCCACACUCCUGGUGGCCUGUCCAAUGAUGCUUACUCUGUCCAUUCUCCUGCUACCCCUCGUUUUCAAUCCCCUGACCCUUGUUCUCAACCACCUUCCAGGCCACAAUCUAGGGACCCUUUUGCUACUGUCCACAAACCUCCUCGCACUCCCUCUCUUGCUCCAGAGGGAACUACAAAUUACAAAACGUCACCUCAUCCUAACCAGCCACCUCCAGGCCACCCCACCAACAGUUCUAUAGGUGAUCCUCUCUCUGGUAAACCAUCAGCACCUCCUACUUUCAGCCGCAGCCCCAGCGCAGGAAGCUUCCAAAUAACGCAACAGCAGACUCAGAUGGCACAGGGUCAGCUUCAGCAACCACAGCAACAAACUCAGCUGACUCUAGGAGCAGACAACCUCAGUUCCAGGGUACCACCUCCCUCCGGAUCUCAAGAAUUACCAGCUGUUAACCCUCAAGACAUACCUCAUCAGCCGUCUUUGCCAGGCGCUCAAGAAAUGCCUGACAUUUCAGCAGUACAGGACCCUUCGUUAGUAGGACUUAGCCCAUCUGAGCUGGAGAAGCACAGACAGCGCCAGAGACUGAGGGAAUUCUUAAUCAGACAACAAAUGCAGAGAAAUUCCAUUAGACAAGAGAAGGAAGCUGCUGCCGCUGCUGCGGGCAGUGUAUCCCCUGGCUGGUCUGGAGGAGAGAUGGGAGCCUUUCAGCAGGAUAAGGCACACAGAGCACCACCACCUUAUCCACAGGAUCGUGUCGCUGCUACUACUUCUGGAGCUCAGGCUUCUGUGGCAGGGAAGAUGGCCAUGGCAGCUGGAGGCAUGGAUGAUAAGCUUAUUCGCCCACCACCUCCAGGAACCCCUGCAAUGGUGGAUCCUAGCACACUAAGGCUACCAGGGCCCACCAGACCUCAGGGCAUGUUUGCCCGUCCACCAUUCCCUCCUCAAUGGCAGGGUCAGGCUCCAGGUCCUCGGAGGUUUCCGCAGCCUGGCAUGGAGGCUAUGGGAAUAAGGCACAAUCUUAAUCCUGCUGUCAACAUCCAGGGUAUGGAAGGCAUGGGUAGCCCUCACACCAUGAUGCCCGGACAUGGAGGAGAGACCAUGCAGCCACUUGGCCAAGGACCCCCACCACAGUUUAUUGAAUUGAGACAUAACUCACAAAGGCUACCUUUGCGACCCCAGUUUAUGCCCCGUGGACCCCAGCCAAGACCACGACUCUUUGUCCCACAGCAAGAGAUGACAGGGCCUUAUGCUCAGCAACAUCCCAUAGUUCAAGCUGGUGGCAUUCAAACAGAGGGAGGCAGUGACUCACAGAUGGGGUUACCACAGGGUGGACUCUCAGUGUUACUGCCUCAGCAGUCUACAGGAUCAAGAACACAACAGCCCCACCUGCAGCCUCAAGCAGCUACUUCCACUCCAAACACUCCUAGUACUGAACAGCAACGGCUUUCACAACCAAGCCUAGUCACAGGACCCCAGCCUGCAGUGGUAGAGAACAGUGAGGAACUGCCAGAGCCUGACCUUGAGGGGCUAGGCGAUGCUCCAGGAGACGGAGGUGUGGAGGAUGAGGAUGAUUUGGCACUUGACUUGGACCCUGAUAAAGGAGAUGAUGACUUGGGCAACUUGGACAACCUUGAAACCAAUGAUCCACAUCUAGAUGACUUGCUUAACAGUGAUGAGUUUGACCUGCUGGCAUACACUGACCCUGAACUGGACCAGGGAGACCCUAAAGAUGUCUUUUCAGACCAGCUACGGCUGGUGGAAGCAGAAAGUGAGGCACCUUCAUCCUCCUCUGGAUCUGCACAUGCUAAAGUGGAGGAGAAAGCAAAGGUGGAGCCAGGGCAGAAGCCUCUUACUACAGUCACUGCUACUGCACAGGAGUCUGCUACUCAACUGCCAGCCCCUGCAGAAACUGUUGAUGUCUCCAAAGUCAAAGUAGAGGACAGAGGUCUAACGCCUCAGCUGCAACCAGGCCAGACUGUGGUGAAAGAUGAAAUGGGAGAGGCAGUUUCAAUGCUUCUUGGGGCUGCACCAACAGCCAAGACUGCACAAACAGAAAAUCAGUCAGCCUCACUUAGUUCUGUUCGAUUAGGUGGACUUCCAUACCCUUUACAAGGCCAAGCUGAUCCAUUGCCUUUUCCUCCAGCUGCUACGCAUGGAGAUAUUGGUGAUGAUCCACUGGGGCUACCUGAUGUAGGGGGACAGCACUCCCCUGCUGUAGACUUGGCAAAGGUAGAGAGCUCUUUAGAUGGGGAACUGCCUCUUCUAAUACAAGAUCUGCUAGAGCAUGAAAAGAAAGAACUACAGAAACAGCAACAGCUCAGUUCUCUGCACCAGGGAGGCAUGGCACCUCAUUUUUCUGGCCUCCCAAGUCAACAUCCGAACCCACAGGCACCUGGGCAAAUAAUGCUGCCACACCACCAUCGUCCACCACCCCAAGGAAUGAUAGCUCAGUCAGGGAUGGUACCUCGUGCGCCACACAUGAUGCAGCAGCAGCAGCAGCAGCAGCAGCAGCAAAGGCUUAUGGGACCAGGAAUGGUGCCUCCACCUCACAUGGCCAUGGCCCAGCAGCAAGCCAUGAUGAGGGCGGGGCAGCCAGGGAUCCAUACAGGUCUCGGACAUCAACCACAACCACAGCAGCAACCAGUGGUUAAACAGUCGCCUCUGGCCAACAGUUUCUUCCCAGAUAAAGAUUUGGACAAAUUUGCUGCUGAUGACAUCAUAGAUCCCAUUGCCAAGGCAAAGAUGGUGGCACUUAAGGGUAUUAAGAGAGUGUUGGCGCAGGAUCCAAUGGUCGUUCCCUCCGGCAUUAACAGGCAACAAGUUUCUCUGCUUGCUCAGAGGCUGGCGUCUGCCCCAGGCACAGAUUCAGGUCAACCUACAUCUGGACCUCCAAAAGAGGGAGAAACAAGUGAUCCUGCCCAGUCGAGACCAAACCCUCCCCAGUUUGUGCAAGGAAUUAUCAAUGAUGCAGAACAGCACCAAUACGAAGAAUGGCUUCUUCAUACUCAACAGUUACUCCAGAUGCAGUUGAAAUUUUUGGAGGAACAGAUUGGAGUACACCGCAAAUCCCGCAAGGCACUGUGCGCUAAGCAACGCACUGCCAAGAAAGCUGGCAGGGAGUUUGCUGAGGCAGAUGCAGAGAAACUAAAGUUGGUAACAGAGGAGCAAAGCAAAAUUCAGAAACAACUUGACCAGGUGCGCAAGCAACAGAAGGAGCACACCAAUCUUAUUGCGGAGUACAGAAGCAAGCAGCAGCAGCAUCAGCAGGGCUCUGGUCUUCUUACCCCAGGCCAUUCUGCACAGGGGGGGCCCUCUCACAUGUUCCCCAAGAUGCCUGGCCAGAUGAUGAUGGGCCAGCAGGGAACACCAGUAAUGGGUCAACACCCAGGCAUGAUGCCCCAAGGUGGAAUGCCUGUAAGGAUGCCCCAAGGGCAGCCCUUUAUUGGAGGAGCCCAACCACAACUUCCUGCUGCUCUCGGAGCCAGUGGUGCCAGAGCCCCAGGUCCCCCUGGAGCUCCUUCAGGCUUCUUUCCACAGGGGCCUGGAAUGCAAGGUGCAGACCCCAGGCUUCUUCAAGAAAGACAGCUUCAGCAUAGGAUGCAGAUGGCAAAGCUCCAGCAACAGCAGCAGGUGAUGAUGGGCCAGCAACCAAUGCCACACCCAAAUCAACAGUCUGGUUUAAUAACUCAACCACAGUCUGGCAUGAUGGGGAACCAGCUUAUGGCCCAACCACAAACAAAUACUCAGCAGGGAAUGCUGACCAAUCAGGCUAACCAACAGAACAUGGUGCAGGUUCCACAAGGAAUGGUUGGAGGCCAAUCUGUGGCACCACCACCACAGAACAUAGGAGGCCAGGCCAUUAACCAUACUCAAGCCAUGAUGGCAGCUCAGCCAGGGAUUAUGGGGAAUCAACCAGUUGCCCCAUCACAGCAACAGAGGCCUCAGCUGAUGAUGGGCCAACAGGGUAUGGUUGGAUCUCCAGGUCACCCAGGCCUCAGGGGACCCCAAGCCCAAUUGACUCCACAACAACAAAACAUUCUGGCCCAGCGCAUGCUUGCAUCUCAGCAGCAGCAGAAUGUUGCCAAGAAUUUAGUCCAUCUUCAACAGCAACAGCAGCAGCAGCAGCAAAUGGCACAGCAAAGACAACAAACACAGCUGAUCAGUCAGCCUAGCCAAGAGCAAGGAGGGCUCUCCCAACCUUCUACCCCACAGAUGGGCUCCUCACCUUCAGCAGGAAGUAACACACCUCAACCACAGGGAUCUACAGACAGCCAAAACUCAGGACUCAAAGAGGGUGGAAUCCUUAGCCCUGCUUCAAGAACGCCACCACAGCAGAGUGGACCCUCCACUCCUAAUCAGAUGUCCCAAAUUGGUUCUGCAAAUGAUCAUCAAACUGACCUGGGACGACAACAAUUACAACAGCAGCAGCAACAGCAUCACAACCAAGUUUAUAUGACCCAGCAACAACAAUCAAAUCCACAGUCUGUACAUGAGCAACAAGCAGGUUUGGUUGGAAACCAGCAAACUGGUGUGCUUCAACAACAGCAACAACAACUUCCGCUGACUCUCCAGAGGCAAGGUUCCCUCAGUGCUGACAAACCCGGUUUGAUGACUAUUAAAGAGGAGGGGAAACCUAUUGAUUUCUUAGCUCAUCAACAACAGCAACAACAACAGCAAACUGUUCAAAAUGCCACACAACAGUCACAAGAUUCCACCAUGCAGCAGCAGAUCAUAGGCCAGAGCCACCCUGGCCAGCAACAGCCUAUUGUAAUGGGUCAUAGUCCACAACAGCAGGCCCUCAUGGCCCAGCAGCAGAAACAACAGGCCAUGAUGGGCAUGAUGAGAGCCCAGCAGCAAGGGAUGAUGGCACAGAGACCUGGAGUUCCUCCUGGACAGAUCCGCACCCCUAUCAACAUCCAGGCUAUUAUUGCCCAGAAUCCUCAGCUCCGCAAUCUUCCCCCAAACCAGCAGAUACAGCAUAUCCAGGCCAUGAUUGCACAGAGGCAACUCCAACAGGGGCAGAUGCUGCGAAUGUCAAUAGGUCAAGGGCAACAAGGUCAGUUGAGGCCACAGGUGCCGCAGGUUGGGCAGCAGAUGCUAGGGAUGGAAGGCCAUCAGAUGCCAUAUGGAGCCAUGGGGAAUCCAGGAGCCGUGGGUAGUCAGCAACAGUCUAGCAUGUUGGGCCAACAACCUGGUGCUGCUCCUCAGUUACAACAAGGGCUAAUGGUCCCUGGACAACAACAGCCGCAAUUAGGGGAGAUGAUGCAGCAACAUAUUAUGAGAGGCCAGGUACCAGUGCCACGCUCCCCCAUGGACCAGGGCCGUAUGGUGAGGCCAGCAUCUCCACGUCAGCCAUUAGCCAACUCUCCUGGCGAUCCACAACGGCACACAUUUAAUCAAGCUAUGGGGAUGCGACCACCCACUCCCAACCAGAACCAACAACAAGCACUAAUGGCAGCUGCAGCAGGCCGUGUACAGGGCUCUCCCUCCCAUGCAUAUUCUCCAAGAGGUCCUUUUGGCAUGAGCCCAGCUCACCCUGCCUCACCCCAUUCAUCCCAUGUCUCCUCACCCUCUAUAGCUGACAGCAGGGCUGGAAGGGGGAGUCCAUACAGCCAAGUCAAGGCAUCCCCACUCAGGUCACCUGGAGCCAAGAGUCCACUUGACUGUCCAGGACUGAAAGUCGAAACUCAGACAUCAGGCAAUGAAACACCUCAGUCAUGUUCAGUUAUCUCCAAUGGGCCACAGAGAGGCAUGAAUGUUCAGCAACAGAUGCAGCAGACUACAGAAAGCCAGGUUUCUCACACACAACAAGGGGAGCUAUGCAAGAUGACAAUACAGAACAUUAAACAGGAACCAAGGGAGGUUCAGUGCGAUGGUGCAGCAGAGGCUUAUCCUGGGGCAAUAAAGCGGGAAGCAACAGGUGAAACAGUUCCUUCUGGGAACAAUACUAGCUUUAUCAAUGCUGGAAACAUGACCAGAGACCCUGGGAGUCAAGGCCCUAGAUCAGAAACUGGACAGCAACUUCUCCAGAAACUCCUGAGAACCAAGAACCUUCAGCUUGGGGCACAGAGGCCUUCUGAAGGUAUCCACAAUGAGAUCAAUGGUCACAUCAACAGCAAACUGGCAAUGCUUGAGCAAAAACUUCAAGGGACUCCACGAAACAUGGAGGAUUUACAGUCUAUAACAAAAAGGGCUCCUGUACAAAAGCCAAAGCGCACCAAUAAGGCAGCUGGAGACCGAGGGCCGACCUCACGGAAGAAGAACAAGAAGGAAGAAGUUGGAAAAAGUGCUGAGGCCCUGAUAAAACAACUCAAACAGGGUCUCUCUCUGCUGCCUUUGAUGGAGCCUUCGAUCACUGCCAGUCUGGAUCUUUUUGCCCCUUUUGGAAGCAGCCCAGCCAAUGGCAAAGCCCAACUCAAAGGAUCAUUUGGAAAUGCAGUGCUGGACAAUAUCCCAGACUACUACUCUCAGUUACUUACUAAGAGUAACCUCAGCAACCCUCCAACACCUCCAUCCUCAUUGCCACCUACUCCUCCACCAUCAGUGCAGCACAAGCUGCUGAAUGGAGUGACUCCUGGGGAGGACCUGUCUGAGGGUCAGAAAGACACCGAGCCAGCAGAAGAGCCAAUGGAGGAGGUAAAGAGCGUCGACAUUCUGGCAGCUCUCCCCACCCCGCCACAUAACCAGAAUGAGGACAUCAGAAUGGAGAGUGAUGAUGAGGAUGCUCCAGAAAGCAUCAUUCCAGCCUCAUCCCCUGAGAGUAAUGUAGGAGAUGAAACGCCACGUUUUCCUCACCUGCGAGAGCCUAAAGAGGAGGAGACGGAGAGAGCAAUAUCCCCCAUCAUACCCCUAAUACCUCGCACUGCCAUCCCAGAAUUCCCAGAGAAUAAACCAUUUGAAGCACCUGACAGCAAGGUAGUUUCCACAUCCAAUCACUGGGACAAGGCCAAAAACAAUGAGGUGUCUGUUACCUUUACAUUGUCUUCUGCUGCAGCCAAGAAAUUGAAUCACGUGAUGAUGGCUAUGGCCCAGCUGCUCAACAUUAGGAUGCCUGGUACUUACGAAGUCACUUUCCCUACACAAAACCCUGACAUGCCUGGUGUGGAUGGGACUGGGAAAGGACCGGGUCAGUCGGGGCCGCUGUGUCCAAAAGACAGUGCUUCACCUGGUCAGGAUGAGUGGCUAAGGCAAUUUGAUGUGUCUCUACCGGGCUGUACACUGAAGAAACAAGUCGACAUUCUAGCACUUAUUAAACAGGAAUUUCCGGAGAAAGAAGACAAACCAGUCCAGCACUGUUACACGACCAAUGUAAAUGAUUUGGAUGUGCGCCACCUCCCUGUUAUACCAGUGGAAGAGUCUCCACCACCGUCACCAUCACCAUCGCAAUCUCCUUUCCAACCUCCCCCAUCACUCCCAGCUACAGCUAGUGAAGCUGAACCUUCCAAAAUUUCAGCGUCUCCAUCCCCUUCACCAUCCAGUCCCACCAAUGUUCAAACCAAGACUGAGCCUCAACAGGAUGGCGAUCCUCCUGUUGAAGCUGCUCAACCAACUGAUUCCACAGAGUCUGAAACUGCUGCACCAGAGCCAGUCACUGAUCCAGCACCUGCGUCUACAGUUUCCGAUCCCACCACUCCUACAGAAGAUCACCUGAUUAUUGCUAUCAAGGAGGAGGACGUGGGCCCUGAUUCAGCCGAUCCUCCGAAAGAUUCUCCCAACACCAUAGAGUCUUCCCCUAAGGCUGUGAAGCAACGCAGGCCUCUCUCGCCUGAUGAAGAGGUGGUGCACCCCAAAGUGAAAAAAUGGAAGGGGAUUCGAUGGAAGCGGCUUCAGAUUGUCAUAUCAAUACGGAAGGGCGGGUCUAAGAAAGAGAGCAGUCGUGAGGUGUCUGAACUCAUGGAACGCCUGCGCAUCACUCUUCGACCAGAAAAGCUGCCUCGGGAUAAACGCAAAUGCUGCUUCUGCCACGAAGAAGGUGAUGGUGCAACAGAUGGGCCUGCACGUUUGCUGAACAUCGAUGUGGACCUGUGGGUGCACCUCAAUUGCGCUCUGUGGUCCACAGAGGUGUAUGAAACCCAGGGUGGUGCCCUCAUCAACGUGGAGGUAGCCCUGCGCCGUGGUUUGAGGACUCUGUGUGCGUACUGCCAGAAAACUGGUGCCACCAACAGCUGCAACAGACUGCGAUGCCCGAACGUCUACCACUUUGCCUGUGCUAUCCGCGCACGCUGCAUGUUCUUCAAAGACAAGACCAUGUUAUGCACCCAGCACAAGCUGAAGGGCCCCAGUGACGACGAACUCAGUACAUUUGCCGUUUUGCGCCGCGUCUAUAUCGAGCGCGACGAGGUGAAGCAGAUCGCCAGCAUCUUACAGCGCGGGGACCGAAUCCACCUGUUCCGUGUCGGGGGUCUCAUCUUUCAUGCUAUUGGCCAAUUGCUGCCCUCCCAGAUGGCCAACUUCCACUCACCCACUGCCAUCUUCCCCGUUGGCUACGAGGCCACACGCAUCUACUGGAGCACACGGGUGCCUAACAAGCGCUGUCGCUACCGCUGCCGCAUCAGCGAAGACGAUGGCCGCCCCCUGUUUGAGGUGCGCGUUUUGGAGCAUGGCAUGGAGGAUUUGCAGUACCGCGACACUACUCCAGAAGGGAUCUGGGAACGAGUAGUUCAGCAGGUGGCUAAACUCCGAGAUGAUUCAUCCAUGCUGAAGCUGUUCACUGAACAUGUCAAGGGAGAGGAGAUGUAUGGCCUCACAGUUCAUGCUGUCAUGCGAAUCACUGAGUCGUUACCUGGAGUGGAGAACUGCCAGAACUACCAGUUCCGAUAUGGCCGACACCCUCUGAUGGAGCUUCCACUCAUGAUUAAUCCCACUGGCUGUGCUCGCUCUGAGCCAAAGGUUUCCUCACACUGCAAGAGGCCUCACACUCUAAACAGCACCAGCGUCUCAAAGGCGUACCAGAGCACCUUCACCGGAGAGCUCAACACACCGUACAGCAAGCAGUUCGUCCACUCCAAGUCCUCCCAGUACCGACGCCUGAAAACCGAGUGGAAGAACAACGUGUAUCUGGCGCGGUCCCGCAUCCAGGGCCUGGGGCUGUACGCGGCCAAGGAUCUGGAGAAACACACCAUGGUCAUCGAGUACAUUGGCACUGUCAUACGCAACGAGGUGGCCAAUCGUCGUGAGAAGAUCUACGAAUCUCAGAACCGUGGCAUCUACAUGUUCCGCAUCAACAACGAGCAGGUGAUUGAUGCCACUCUAACAGGAGGCCCCGCUCGCUAUGUCAACCAUUCCUGUGCCCCCAACUGUGUUGCUGAGGUUGUCACUUUUGACAAAGAAGACAAGAUUAUCAUCAUUUCCAGCCGCAGGAUCCCAAAGGGAGAAGAGCUGACGUACGACUACCAGUUUGAUUUCGAGGACGAUCAGCACAAGAUCCCUUGCCAUUGCGGAGCCUGGAAUUGCCGAAAGUGGAUGAACUAACGUGGAGAAAGGAAAUGGAGAGUUGGCAUCUCCGUGGCACCAGAACACUCCUGCGCCAAAGCCUUUGAAUCCUACAUAGCCAGUGCAUAAGCUGUUCGGAAAAGAUGUGGAGGAAGGCUGGCCUCCACUAUUGAAAGACUAAAGUGUUGACACCUGUAGCCAAAGGUUUGAAGAGCAUUAAUCAAUAAGCAAGCAACCACCUUACAUCAACAGCAGCUUGAUAGGUGGGACUAACUUUCAUGUUUGGACUAAUGAAUCACCCUUUCCUCAGCCAAAACCCUCCCUCCCUCCCCUUUUUCCUCAACUAUUCUAUUCUCAAUAAGCUUACGGUGGCUGGAAAACAAUCCUCAACAUCUACCAAAUGAUUCUGACCCUCUGCUAUCAGUCCUUGUAGUGCAGAGCUCACCCGGAGCUUCGACAAAAAGCCAUUUUAAAAAUACUAAGAGUGAACUAAGGAUGCAUUUUUUUGAAGUUGGACCUAUUUCCUGUCCCGCCUGACCACACCUCCUCCUCCUCCUUCUCCUCCCCUCUUCCUCACCUCCCAGAAAUGGCACUUUCCCCCCCUCAUCAAUGACUCACGACGACAACACGGAUAUUGGCUCGCUAGACAAUCUUGAUGUGGCUCUGUGUAAGAACUACAUAUGAUCGAUGGAGGGAGGGAGGGAGGGAGAAAAAAAACAGAAAAGAAAAAAAAAAAGAUGUACGUAAAUAUAAAAUUUGAGAUGCUAUUGAUCUGUGGCUCCAGCGGCACCAGAUGUUUCUUGACUGUGUGGAGCUCCAAGGUGGGUUUUAGUCGGACCCAGUCUACCUCACUGAUUUAGCGGGAAGUGACUGCUUUGUAUAAAAAAACUGUUAACUGCUACUGUGGAAUUACUCUGUGGGGGGGUAGGGGUGGGGCAGCAGCGGCGGCGGUGGUGGUGGUAUCGGUGGUGGUAUCAGUGGUGGGGGGAGGGGGUUGUUUUUAUGGGCUUAGCCUUCUCGGACAAGCAGGGAAUCUUUAGCAGCAGGUUUGCUCUAUCUACUCUAUGCUGAUGAUGAUUUACAAUAAUGAGCCAACAUAAUUAUUAUUCAUGGAUUAUUUAUACAGAGGAAAUAUAUGACAGUUUUGAUAAGAUAUUGCAUUAAAAUCACAAUCAAGCUUAGUGGGUGUCCUGUAUGCCACCAAAUCAUCCUGGAUAUUGAUGUAGCUUUUUUUUUUUUCUUCUUCUUCUUCUUUUUUUUUUUUUUAUUUAUGAAUCUCAAAACCAUGCUAUUAGCUGUGUGAAAGCACAAUAACAUCCGCCUUUUUUCAGUUUGCUCCAGACAGUAAACGGUGUGAGUAAAUGGCUCAAGGAUCGCUUUGAUUAUGGAAAUCCAAAAUGAACCCUUUAGCUGGUUGCUUCAUACAUUGAAGUUGUUUAAAAAAAGAAAAAAGAGAAAAAAAAAAAGGAAAAACACGAGCCAGUGGAUGCAUGACUACUGUCCCAUUUAAUGCUUCUUAUUCCCCCAACAGCUCGGAUCUUUUCACAACUCGACCUUAAACUUUGAAUCAUGCCUCUUCCUCUCUUGCAUUAUUUAAUGGACUGUUGUUAAAUUUUACUGUAGUAAGUCUUCCUCCGCCUGAGUACAGCCUGCAGUGUUUCUACUUCCCCCUGUAGUGUGCUUUUUUCUAGUGCUGGUACUGUCUUCUUGAGGCUGAACUGAUGGCAGGGAAAGACUUAUUGGAAAAAAGGGCAUUUGUUUUUCAUUUCUUGUGUAAGAUGAAUGAAAAAAGAAAAGAAAAAAAAAAAAGUCUUUAAAGGGAGCUUUACUAAAAAAAACUCCACCUUCCCAUACUACUUUGUUUCCUCCUUCCCCUUAACCUAAGACCUCACAUGAUUUAAAAAUGCAAAGUUGUACAAACUGUAAAUAUAGUAUAUGCAUUAGGGGACAGCAACUCUUUAUCCAGCCCCUUUGUAAUCAAUAAAGUCAAAAGUGUAGAAAAAUAAAAUUGAAAAAAAAAAAAUAAAACAAAAAAAAAAAAUCAACCACUGGAUAUCAUUUUAACAAAGAUAAAGCUGUACAUAAAUAUAAAUAUAUGUAAAAUGGCAAACUAAUAUCUUUAUGUAUAUGAACCAGAGUGUUUUGCAUUUACCUGUUUUUCUAUUAGUGUUUUUUGCUAUAAGCUCUGAGACAAGUUUGUUAAAAAUAGGUAUGAGAAAAACCGUCUGGUCUUUCUCGAAUCAGUCGCGACGAGAAGCCGAGGUGAUUUCAGAAGCGUUUGGAUUCGCGCCGAGAGUCGAUAAUUAGACAUAAAAAUCACUUCUUGCAUAAAGCAGUACAAUGGUGCAUAGCAUUUGUAUUUAUGUAAUAUUGUUCGUGUUUAUUUUUUUCUUUUUCUUUUUUUUUUCUUUUUAUUUAUGCUACUGCUUGUUGAUUACCAAAACCUGUCCCUUAAUCGGUCACAAUUGGAUUAAUAUAGUCUUGAAUGGAAAAUCUUGAAUUCCCUAGAAUAUUGUUAGUGUUUUUUGCUUUUUUAUAUCUUCCCUAUAGAAGUGAAUGUGUUGGUAAACCUUGUGAAAUGGUUACUUGGCCUAAUGUAUGUUAUGAUGUAAUACUCAAAGUUAAUCCCAUACUUAACCUGGUAAUGAAUUGCACUCUCAUAGUAUAACAGAGAACUUCUCUAAAGUGGUAGAUAUUGAUCAAGUAUCCGAAGCAGUGAUAUAUAUAUUUUUUGGUAUGUUUCUAUUUCAAGGGAAGACCAUGACGAGACAUUAUGCCGCUCUCACUGGAUUUUAGCCUAAAUAAUUUUUAACUUCUCUGAAUCUUAAUUUAAGUUCUCUGCAUAUCUUAUAAUUUAAUAAAGUUUGCUCAAAUUGAAGGUUUUUUUUAACCUCACCUACUUUUUAAAAAGAUGUUGCAUCUGUACAGCAGAGAUACUUUUAGGGAAUAUGAAUAAAUAUAAUGAUCAUUUUUAUUGUAUGUGGCAUGUUUUGUAUGGAUAUUAUUUUGAAUUGUACAUAUUUUUUUCAGGACGCCAGAGGUUGCAUCUCUUUAUAUACUGGUUUCCCCCACUCCCUUUCCCCUUCAUCUUAUUUCUUUGUCUGCUUUUGUUUCUUGUAAAGGAAAAUAAAAUGCAUUUUAAAUAU